AUGAAGCUCCCUCCAGCAGACAUCGUGGACUCAUGGCCAAUCCCAAACUAUGUCGACCCUCCCACGCGCGGGCACGGCGUCCUCGUCGUCAAUAUCGUCUGUCUCACGUUGGCGUCCCUGGUUGUCUCCCUCCGAUUAUACACUAGGCUCCGGAUUACAUGCAGCGCAGGUAUCGAUGAUCUGCUUAUUAUUAUCGGUCUAGUCUUCGCCAUCGCCAUGGCCACCGUCACCUCGGUCGCCACUGAAGAUUGGGGCAUGAACCGACAUAUCUGGGACAUUGAAUUGUUGGGACUCGUCACUGUGCAGAAGCUGAACCUCUCAUUCCAGAUCUUGUUCUCCUUGUCGUCUUGCUUCACCAAGAUCUCUGUACUAUGGUUCUGUCGACGACUUAUCGGAAAGGGCAACUUCAAACUGUAUAACUGGGCGUUUAUUCUGUCCAUCAUUUUCGUUGGGGUUUCUAGUGUGAUGUUCUCUCUGAUCAGUAUCUUCCAGUGCACUCCUGUCCGCGCAUACUGGCAACUUAGCCCCACCGAGUCAUAUCACUGCAUGAAUGAUGGCGCGAUUGUCUUCUCCGCCAGUGUGAUCAACAUCUUCACCGAUUUCCUGGUCACGACCCUACCAAUGCCAUUGAUCUGGAGUCUGAAACUCCCCGCUCGUCAACGACUCGCCGUUAUCUCUAUCUUUGCCCUCGGUGUCGUGGUUAAUGUAGCCGGGUCUGUCCGAACAGUAUACGUGUGGAAGAGUAUGGUAAUCGGUUAUGAUGCGACCUGGCUUGGAUGGCCAGUGCUGAUCGCUGCCAUAGUGGAAAUCAGCCUGGGAUUGAUCUGCUCUUCAGCCCCGGCCCUCCGUCCCCUCAUUGCAGCCUUCCUUCCCCGCCUCCUCAGCUCAACCCGCAACAUAAACUCCUCCUACAACCAGCGUAGUCGGUCCCAUAAGCACUUGUAUUCAACUGGCCGCUCUCGAACAUCCCGUGUUGUUACCGACGGUUUGCACCAGCCCAGCUAUAACAGUGAUCAGUUUGGAAUUAUGCGCACCAUCGAGAUGGAGAGCUGGACUGAGUCCCGACUCGCGAGCCAUGAUAAGAUGGGACAUGAUUACGAUAUUACAUCUGAUAACCACAGCCGUGCCCCCACACCUGCAGAUAGCAUUGAGAUAAAGAGGGGUAUGGUCUAG